UGAACAGAUGGUGCCCAGCCUUGCUUGUGUGCAAGGCACCCUACUUCUAACUGUGGGCUGUGUGGAGCACAAGGAGAAGGAGGCAGAGCUGUCCCAGCCUGGGGCAAUUUCAGUGAGACUGCAGGAAGAUGGGGAGGGAAGAUAUUAAAUGUCCCACUGAAACACGCAGUAAAAUCCCUUGUUCCUAAUAGGAGAAGACAAACGAAUCCCUCAGCUGAACGGGCUGUGGGAGGAAGGCGAAGAGGUGCAGCAGUGGGUCCUCCAGGCCUACAGAAGGAGCCGACUCCGCAGCUAGCGGCUGCUCGCCGGCUUCCUUUCUCCGCUCGAGUUUGGGAGCGGGGUGGUCCGGCGCAGCGAGGCUGCGCUAAGUCUGAGCCGCCGGGAAGACCAGGGGCCGGAGCAGCAGCGGCUCCAGCACCCGCACCCGCACCCGCAGGCUCGGCUCGGCGCUGCGUGGGGCUCCCCAGACAUGUUCAACCAGCAGCAGUUCCAGCUGCUGCAGCUCCAGCACCUCCUCCAGCAACAGCAGCAGCAACACCCCUCGCAACAGGGAGGCCGGGGUUUGCCACCACAACAGCAACAGAUGCUGAAUUUACGGGCAACGAAUCAAGCAUCGCUCCUCAAUGCCAAUCCAAUGCUUCAGCGAGCUCUGCUCAUGCAACAGAUGCAAGGAAACUUACGAGGAUUUAACAUGACAGCCCCAGCUCUGCAACAGUUUUUCCCUCAGGCUACAAGACAUUCCCUUUUGGGGCCACCACCUGUCGGGGUCUCAUUAAAGCCCGCACAGCUGGGCUUCCCAGGCCUUCCAUUCCAGCGGCAGAAUCGGAUGUUUCGUAAGGAUUACCAGAGGGGCCCUGACAAGAAGCGGGAACUGGACCAGGCAUCCUCAUCUCAGGCACAAGGAGUUGAUGAGAAAAUUGAAAUCCCAGAAGGUACCCAGGCUGGGUCAGAACAGAACAAUUCCUCACCCACAGAACCAAAAAUGCCAGCAGAAUCCAUACUGGACACUGAGCCUGCAGCAAAGAGACUGAAGAGUAUGGAAGAAGUGCCCAUAGAGGAUGCUGCAGGCAGCCAGGAAGCAGAGGAGUCAAGCAUGGAAACCCAGGCAGAUGGACCAGACAGCAUGAGGGAGAAUACAACUGAAGAUGCCUCCAAGGAGAGAAGCUUCUCUGAGGAACUGAAAGCUCCAGAGGUGCUGAGUUCGGGGGGCUCGUUGAAAGUGACUAUCCAGCAGAGCAGUGAGAGCAGAGCUAUCAGCACCACAGCCCUGAAGCCAGGACAGUGGACCUGUGAGCUGGGCACGGCUGAUACCAGUCCUGAGUCUGUCCUUAAAUUCUUCUGUUACAUCUGCAAGACCAACUGCUGCAACCAGCAGAAUUUCCAAUCCCACAUGGCUGGAAUUCAGCACCAGCAGCGACUUGGGGAGAUUCAACACAUGAGUAAUGUCUGCUUUGUCUCACUGCUGCCCAUGGUGAAGGAGCAGACGUUGAUGGCUAAGAAAGAUGGAGAGACCCAGCAGCGAUGGUGUAACACCUGCCAGAUACACUUUACAGGGGAUCUAAUCAAACAUCGAAGGACUCAGGAACAUAAGCUGGCCAAACGCUCUCUCCGUCCCUUUUGCACUGUCUGCAGCCGCCACUUCAAGACCCCUCGCAAGUUUGUAGAGCACAUGAAGUCCCCUGAGCAUAAGCAGAAGGCUAAGGAGGUGAGGCUGGGCGAGAAGGAGCUAGGCGGGCCAGAAGACUCAGAGGAGCUAAUCACAGUUGAUGCUGUUGGCUGUUUUGAAGAUGACGAGGAGGAAGAGGAGGAGGAGGAGGAAGGAAUUGGUGAAGAGGAAGGUUCUGAGGUGGUGCAGACAGAGAAUGAAGAUCCCAUCGCCACGCAGGUUGGGCUGAAGGAAAAGUCUCCGGUGGACUGUGAAGGAAAUGAGACAUACUGUCCAGAUACCCCCUAUGGCCUGGAUUUUCUGGUCCCCGUCGCAGGUUACCUCUGCAGGCUGUGUCACAAAUUCUACCAUAGUGACUCCGCUGCCCGGGUCACACACUGCAAGUCCCUGAUGCAUUUUGAGAACUUUCAGCUCCCCGCAGGUAGCCUGCAGUUGACCCUGUACCAAUACAAAACCUGCCCGUUCUGCAGUAAGGUGCGAGCCUUCCUUGAUUACCAUGGGGUGCCUUAUGAAAUUGUGGAGGUGAACCCGGUAAUGAGGAAGGAGAUCAAAUUUUCCUCCUACAGAAAGGUGCCCAUCCUUUUAGCCAACGCUGGAAACACUCUGCAACUGAAUGACUCUUCAGUGAUCAUCAGUGCAAUAAAGACCUAUCUCGUUUCCAGGAAGAAGAGUUUAGAUGAGAUCAUGUCAUUUUAUCCUCCUAUGAAAGCUGUGAAUGAGCGGGGCAAGGAGGUGACCGAGUAUGGGAAUAAAUACUGGCUCAUGCUGGAUGAAAUGGAGACCCAGCAUGUGUACCCCAUCAAAGAAGCUAGGGUGGAAGAAAUGACAUGGCGAAAAUGGGCAGAUGACUGGCUGGUUCACCUCAUCUCCCCCAAUGUUUACCGCACACCCAGGGAAGCCCUGGCUUCUUUCGAUUACAUUGUCCAUGAGGGUAAUUUUGGCACCGUGGAAGGCUUUUUUGCCAAGUACGUGGGGGCCGUUGCCAUGUUCUUCAUCGGCAAGAGGCUGAAGAGCAGGCACCAUCUCCAGGAUAAUGUCCGAGAAGAUUUGUACAAAGCAGCCAAUGACUGGGUAAAAGCUGUUGGCAAACACAGACCAUUCAUGGGUGGCAGCCAGCCGAAUCUCGCUGACUUGGCAGUGUAUGGGGUCCUCCGGGUCAUGGAAGGGCUGGAAGCCUAUGAUGACAUGAUGACUCAUACCAAGAUUCAACCUUGGUACCUUCACAUGGAAAAGGCUAUUGGAGAGGCAGAAAUCACGAACUGGCAACUGCUGCAGCCGCCUUACUAAAAUCCUUGCACAGAAAAACAUUAAAAAGGAAAGACCUCUAUUUUAAAAAUAAAAUGCACUGGCCCCUCCCUCUGGACUGACGUGCAAGCAUGCAAAUUGUCCAGCUUAAAGCUAAUAAGAGGUUUCAUGAGAGCAGGAGGGGACAGGUGUGCACAGCAAAGUACAUAUGACAUUUAGAAUAAUAGGAACAUUUAAAAGAUGCUGACCUGGGACCUCAUUGGAGUGGAGGGUAAGUUCUAAUUUAAACAGCAGAGUGCAGCAAACUGGCUUUCUCUUGGUGAGCCCCAUACUAAGAAUAUGUUGUAAAAAGAAAUUGCUAUACUGGCUAGUGGACCCUGGAGCAAAAGCAAAUAUUUGAGGUCUGUCCAGGGUUGACUUCAGGCUGUAUCUCCACUUGUCCAAGUUGUCCUGAGUAUCUUCCUGACUAUUUGAGGUACUGUGUAACUCUCUUAAGUGGCAUUAAGAUUUGACCUGCAAUAACAUCCUCUAAGUACAGUGCUGAAGGCAAUGGGGGAAUCAGCAGCACUGAGGAAGGAAUUCCUUUGCAUGAUGGAAAAGAUCCUGCUGUGUGCAGGCCAUGUGCUUCCAGUCUUCAGGGUGAUCUCCAUUUAAAUUAUUUCAACAGCUGAUUCUGGAUUGUUAGUGACAAUACAGGCUUGGUUCCUCUUUCUAUGCAGUAUAUGGCAUCUAGGAUUUCUUAUCUACCUGUAGAUAGAGACCCAGAGAACACAAUGUAGGCUGAAGAAAGAAUUAUUGCAAAAUGAUUUGAAAAAAGCUUCCUAUUAUGAAUUAUAUGAAAAGUGUUCCUGGAAAUACUCCAUAUGAUCAGUUGUUAUUGAGUGAGUGCUAGUGAAUUCUGUAAUCCUCUGUGGCUCUCUAGAUGCUUCUGUAAUGCAAGAGCACCAAAGGCUUUGCUGCAUGGAGGUGGGAGCCAUUGCUGUAGGCUACAUUGUACAGUGUGAACUUAUUGGAACUAGUAUUUCCUCACUGAGCUCUGGCUAGUCCUAGUGCAGUGCAGAAAUGCCAGUUGGUACCUGUCUUGGUGAGCUAAGAUGCAGGGAAUCCUUUCACUUCUAGCUAUAGGCCAGAGGGUGAGAGAUCCUCUGAAUGGUCCAAGGUUUUAAUUUCCCUGUUAUCUACUUGUAACAAUCCUGUCCAUGGCAUCAUGGGCACUUUUCAAGGAAACUGGUUAUCUGGGAAAGUGAGGGUGUAGAUGACAUCUGUCAUUGAUGCAGAAACUUGUACUUUGUGUUAGCAGAAGACUGCUUUUCGCUAUCAGUCAUAAGUAUCAGUGUGUGAUACAGGUGUGUUUUAUUGUCCAGAACAUACUGUAUCUAUGGAUACUUCAGAAGGAAAAUGAGGUGCAAAUUCUAGUGUGGACUAGAUGAGUAGUAGUGGGAGAGGAAGAGAGUAUUUGCAAUAAAAACAAACUGCUGCUACGCUCUCUGGCUACAUUUAUUUAAGCACUUCUGCAUGUAGCUAUCUUUAAGUACAGCUACAACAUCAUUCAACCGUAUAAUGUUGCAGUGUUAAAAAUUACAAUUUUUUUCAUUCAAUGUUUGAGCAUGUGUGGAUAUGAAGGAGACAGAUUAGAUCAAUUAAUUUUUUUUAAUUAAAAAAAAAAGCUCUGAAGUAGUUAAAUAUUUUUCUCCUGACAGAAAUUUUUUUGGUUAACAAUUGUCCAUCCUCCCUGAGGCCUAGGGGGCCAGAACACCCUGUUGUGACAGAUGUGCAAAUGAGCCAUCACUGCUUCAGAACGUCCCUGGGGCCUUGCUAAGAAGGAUUUGUCCCCAGGCUGAGCAGGUUACCUCAGCUGCUCGCCUGGGGCCCCAAUCCGAUACCCACCCUGUGCAAGUGC